CAUUUCGCCACGAGCAACACUCUCUCUCACAACCACUCUCCGGUAACCAUCCCUUCUUCUUCUUCGCAUGUUCUCGGAGCUCCGGCUCCCGACGGAGCCCCAGCUCGCUACCUGUUUUAGUUAGUCUAAUUCAACCGUUAUUGCUUUUUUUUUUCAGAUCUCUCUUAUUACUCGUAUAAUCAUUUCUGGAUCUUUUAUUCUGUGUUCCCUUCAAAGAUGUCGAAACCGUGGGGAGGCAUCGGCGCCUGGGCCGCCGAGGCCGAGCGCGCUGAAGCUGAGGAAAGAGAAGCUGCCUUGGCCGUAACCGCUGCGGAGUCACAAAGCUUUCCUAGUCUAAAAGAAGCUGCUAGUACCAAACCUAAGAAGAAGAAGAUGAACCUUAAGGAAUUCCAUUCGGCCCCCAGUGGAGCCGUUUCUCGAGGUGGGUCUCGGGCAACUGAAUACAAAGGACUUACACCCGACGAGAUGCUUCGGCUUCCUACUGGCCCCAUGGAACGCGCUCCUGAGGAAAUGCAAUACGGACGACUCGGUGGCGGAUUUUCGUCCUAUGGCCGGUCCUCUGGACCCCCUUCUGGACGCAUGCGCGACGAAGGCGAUGGGUCGUGGGGUGGCGGAAGGAGGUCGUACGGUGGAUUUGAUGAUGAGCGUAGAGGCCAGCCCUCUAGGGUUUCUGAUUACGAUCAACCAUCUCGCGCUGAUGAGGUUGAUAAUUGGGCAAUGUCUAAGAUACCUUUACGUUCCUUGGAUACUGGUCGCCAGAAUCGUUACGAUUCUCUUGGUGGUGGUGGUAUUGCAGGUGCUUCCAGGGCUGACGAGGCGGACAGUUGGGCCGUCGGGAAGAAACCGCUUCCUACUAGAUCUUCGAAUUUUGGUUCAGGUUUUCAUGAUUCUGGACCUGAGCCUGAUAGAUGGACUAGGGGCGGAUGGCGUGAGCUGGAGCGGGAGAGACCUAAAUUGGUAUUGAAUCCACCAAAAAGCGGCAGCGAGGUGAGUGUAAACAAUGAGGCAGUGAAGACAGACAAGGCCAAUCCCUUUGGGGCAGCAAGGCCAAGAGAAGAUGUAUUGGCCGAGAAGGGAUUAGAUUGGAGGAAACUUGAUUUGGGUAUGGAGUCAAAGAAAACGAGCAGACCAACAAGCGAGCACUCAAGCAGGCCUUCAAGUGUGCAGUCAAACCGCUCAGAGGGGCUAGGGGCAAUGCAACAGCUGGGCAUGGAGAAUGUGGUCAAGCCAAGACCAAAGGUGAAUCCUUUUGGGGAUGCAAAGCCGAGGGAAGUUUUGCUGGAGGAACGAGGUAAGAAUUGGCGGAAGAUUGAUCUUGAAUUGGAGCAUCGAGGUGUGGACAGGCCUGAAACAGAAGAAGAAAAGUUGUUGAAAGAAGAAAUAGAUCAUUUAAAGAAAGAGCUUGAGAAGGAAUCUAGCGCAAAAGCAAGUCGGGAAGGUCCUGGAGGAGACCGACUGAGCUUAGAGGAUAUAAUAAUUCAGAAAGAAAAUGAACUGGAGAUACUGAUCCGUGAAUUAGAUGACAAAGUUCGGUUUGGUCAGAAAGCCAUUGAACGGCCUGGUUCUGGAGCUGGUAGGGGCGCUAGUUUUGUGGAAAGACCACCAUCUCUGUCUGGAUCAUUUGAUGAUUCUAGGAGUGCGGAAUUCACAAAUAGGCCUCGAUCACGUGGUACAGGAGGAGGAGAUAUGUGGGCAAGACAUGGUGAUGAUAGAAGGUCAUUUCAAGGUGGCAGGGAAAGAGGAUUUGCUGGUAACAGAGACUUGAUUAGACCGAGGUCAAGGGAGAGAUGGUAAACAGCUGUUGAUGAGGGGUUUGGUGGAGUUUACUUGUUCAGCAUUUGAGAACCAGAACCAAAUAAUAUUUUGCCUCCUGACCUUUUUGUUUUCCUUUUAAUUUUGAUUGUUCUCUUGUUUUGGCUCAAGGAGAUGGAGCAAGGAUUAAUUAGUACCGGCGCUGGGAACUCUUGCACUAAAUCUAUUACGCAUCUUGAAACCUGUAAAAUUGCAAAUUUUGUUGUCUUCCUUUUUGUCUAUGUUGAGGCAAAGAGAUUGUAAUGUUUCUAGGACACAAUUUAUUGAACCGAAUGGGACUCACUGACAGUUGUUCCUAAUGUUAUUCCCUUAAUUUGGUUUCUGUGUUGCUUUAGGCCCCUUAAUUUUAUGUUACUGAAGUGUUUUUAAGCAGGA